CCCAUCAUGCCUCGGCUGUCGUUCGCCCCUCCCUCUCUGUGCCUCACCUCUCUCCCUCUGCUGAAGAGGCUCCUCCCCUCCCUCCCCCCCACAGUGCGGGACCUGGACGUCCCCCCCCGGCUCCGGGAGCAGUUCAUCCUGUCCGGGUACCGUCCGGUGGACUUGUCCCGGCGCUGCUACGUCCUCAGUCUCUUCCAGAUCCACAACGAGACGCUGAGCGUGUGGAGCCCCCUGCUGGCCGCAGUCUGCGUGCUAGUGAGGUUCCUCGUGUUCUCCGUCCUGCAGGGGGGGGGGAUCCUGGGCGUCGGCCUGCAGGGACCUGAAGGUCAGGGCGUCUCCGUGGACGUGUCCUCGCUGCCGCUGGUUCUCUACGUCUUCUCUGCUGUCACGUUCCUGAGCUGCAGCGCUGCAGUUCGCCUGCUUCGCUCCGAGCAGACGCUCCACUCGCUCUUCUUCCUGGAACACGUGGGCGUGGCCAUGCACCAGUACGGCUGCGCUCUGGCUCUGUGUCUCUACAGCUCCGACUCCGCCUGGACGCAAAGCAUGCUGGGACAGAUCUUCCUCCCAGUUGUCGCCGUGGUCGUCUGGUUCUCCUUCAUCAUCUGCUGCUACGCUGACCUUCAUCUCCACAGGAGGAUCUGCCAGGUGGUCCCGAGGGGCGUGGCCUACCUGCUGGUCAUCAGCCCGGUCACCCACCGCCUUGCCAGCCACAACUGGGCAAACACUUCUACUCUUCCUCUUCACUUCCUGCAGGUGGCACUGUUUCUGCUCUCAGCCGUCUUUUCCUCUUGUCCCGUACCGGAGUGCUUCUCCCCCGGCCGCUACGACAUCAUCGGCCACAGCCGCCAGCUCUUCCACAUCCUCCUGUCCAUCUGCACACUUGUCCAGCAGGAGGCGCUGUUUGAGGACUUCCUGUGGCGGCGGCAGGCGCUAGUCAGGGAGUUGGGAGAAGAGCGCCUCCUGCUGGCCUGCGCCUCCUUCCUCGGCCUGGCGCUCUGCUGCGUGAUGACGGCGCUCGUCAUCAAGAGGAGAACUCGUGUUCAGCUACUGAAAGAGGGAAGAUAG